AUGAGAAUCGAGACGUGCUACUUCUGCUCGCAACCGUGCUACCCGUCCAAGGGUAUCACAUUUGUCCGCAACGAUGCGAAAGUCUUCAAGUUUUGCCGAUCAAAAUGCCACAAGAACUUCAAAAUGAAGCGCAAUCCCCGAAAGCUUGCCUGGACGAAAUCCUUCCGCCGCGCACACGGCAAGGAAAUGACCGUCGAUUCGACCCUCGCCUUCGCCCAACGUCGCAACAUUCCCGUGCGCUACAACCGAGACCUCGUCGCGACCACCCUGCAAGCCAUGCAACGGGUGUCCGAGAUCCGCGCCAAGCGCGAGAGGCAAUUCUACAAGAACAGGAUGAAGGGCAACAAGGCGAAGCAAAUGGAGGCGGACCGGAAAUUGGUGGCGGAGAACCAACAUUUACUGCCGCCGAGCUAUCGGGACCAGGUGGCGGAGGUGCUGGACGAGGUGGAGGCGUUGGAGGAGCAGACGGAGGAUCUGGAUAUGGAUGUCGAGGAGGAGGAGCUGGAUUUGGAGGUGCAGGAGAAGGUCAAGACGGCAAAGGCGAAGGGGAAGAAUACGAAGCAGAAACAGAGGUUGGUCAGAGGGAAGGGUAUCGAGGCGAUGGAUGUGGAUGGUUGA